CUCGCGAGAUACUCCGUGCUCAUGCUCGCCGCCGGGGUCGGAGGUCAGGGCGAGCGUCUGGCGGGCAGAAGUAAGAAGAUGGCGGUGGAGUCGCGAGUUACUCAGGAGGAAAUUAAGAAAGAGCCAGAGAAGCCAAUUGACCGCGAGAAGACAUGUCCGCUGCUGCUCCGGGUGUUCACCACCAACAACGGUCGGCACCACCGUAUGGACGAGUUCUCCCGCGGCAACGUCCCGUCCAGCGAGCUGCAGAUCUACACCUGGAUGGAUGCAACUUUGAAAGAACUAACUAGCUUAGUAAAAGAAGUCUACCCAGAAGCUAGAAAGAAGGGCACACACUUCAAUUUUGCAAUUGUUUUCAUGGAUCUUAAAAGACCUGGCUAUCGAGUUAAGGAGAUUGGCAGCACCAUGUCUGGCAGAAAGGGAACGGAUGAUUCCAUGACUCUGCAGUCACAGAAGUUCCAAAUAGGCGAUUACUUGGACAUAGCGAUUACCCCUCCAAAUCGGGCACCACCUCCUUCAGGGCGUAUGAGACCAUAUUAAAUUUUAUCUUACUUUCUCUCAAAUUUAUUUUUCACCCAACUGUGUAAAAU